AUGGUCUACAUCUUUGACCAAGCCAUACAACAAUCCCCAUCCCCACCAUGUCUCACAACCAACCACAAGCAGACGUCCUCUACUGGGACGCCAAGAACUUCCACGUCCGCCGUCCCCAUUACCAAAAAGUCCAUCGUCACAACCUGGUUCACCCGGGGUCCCCAAACACGAGUACCCCAUUGCAUGAGGGGCGCCGACUAUAUCUGCCGCUUUCCCGUCGACGACAAUGGACAUCGCGCCUACGAAAUCGACAAGCGACGAGGCCGAUUCAUCGAUAUCUGCGCUUUCACCGAUGCGGCGAGCAGUAGGCCGGCUGAUUUAGAUUCUGUGGAGGAAAUCGAGAAUGAACGGAAUACAUAG